AUGUCACAUCCUGACAAGAAUUUCGAAAACACGGAACAAGAACUCCCACAGAAGGUGUUUGAGUUGGACGGUCUCGGUAUCCUGCCGGAAGAAGCUCAGGGAGACGAAAAUGUUCAAAGAUACUUUGAAGAAUACUCGAAAUUGAUCUUAAUUGAAAACAACAUCGAAUCCCCUUUUCCGCUGAAGGAGAAUGUAAUUCAAUUGGAAAACAGCUACCUAGUAGCUAUAAGAAUCCUUGCGGCUGUAAUCCUUGGGAAACGUCCUCUUAUGCAAUUCCAAACAAAAGCAGUGGUACUGCGAUCUUGUGAACAAAUAUGUCAGCGAAGGAAUCGUAAAGACCUUUCAUACAGCAGACCGCUUUUGCGGCUGGAAUCUAUUACAUGCCACAUGCAAGGGUAUGGAAACUAUAGGAGAAAGUCCCUUUAA